AUGGACAUUUCUAUGGGCAAAUACUAUGUCUUCACCGUGGUAGCUUUGAAGCGGCAAAAGGGAGACAAUGUUCAUGUUGUGAAGGAAUACACGGAAAGACUCAUCAAGGCCUUGGGAACUGAAAUUGCUGGAUUCUCCCUUCAGUCCACCCUCAGCACACCAGCAUACAAGAACCUGAAUCCAAUUGGAUCACAAUUGAUGAGAGGGACAGGAACCAUUAUGAUCGAUGUGAUCAUGAUCGAUCUCAUCGCGGCCAAGAACCCUGUGCUAGCUUCUGGAAGCUUGCAAGGAGAAUUGGGCUAUGCACUCCAGGUCGAGGAGUAUUGGAAUCCGGAGAAGCAUGAGUUUGCAAGGAGGUCUUGGCCACUGGACUGCAACCUUGAGUCGGUCAGUGACGAUUCUUCCUACAAGCCUUCACCUUUGUCAACUCCCAGAAGCAUGAGCAACGUGGCCUCAGAGAGUGAUAUGGACUUGGAGGCGGAACCUCGACACACUUUCGAGGCCAGCGAUGGCGCGGAUGGCGCGUUCCGCUGCGCUUGGAUUGCAGGAUGUCAAGGUUUCGCCAGGCGUGUGGUCAAGUUGCCCAGAAGCGCACGGAAGGACAAGGAGAGCGACCAUUGGUCCGUCCUGGGCGUGUCGCCGGGCGCCUCCCCCAGCGAAGUGCGCACGGCCUUCCGCGCCAAGGCGCGCACGGUGCAUCCGGACGCCGCCGGCGGAGAUACGGAGAGGUUCCAUGCCUUGAGCCAGGCCUAUGCCAAGGCCAUGAAGUUUAAGGAAAGCAACGAAGAGACGGACAGCAAAGCUGCCAGGUCGUCAAAGCCUGCAAGAUCACAGGCUGCGCCAGAAGAGAAGAAGGAACCUACCCUGGAGGAUUUCCUUCAGUGGCGACGGCGGCAGCAGUCCCGCCACGCAGCGCGCCGCGCUGGCCGUGCUGCCACGCAGACCACUCCACGGUCUUCCAGCCGUGGCCCUGCGACAAGGUCGCCCCAUGCGAGCAGAAAGCUGCGGCAGGGGCGGCUGCAAGAUGCGCUUCGACAGGCCGAAAAUCCGGAGUUGGAAGCCGCAUGGCUCAGGGAGGUGGACAUGGAAAGCCUGCGAAUGGAGCGUUCCAAGAAGCGUUCUGCGAAGUCCAAGAGGUCAUCUGCGCCUACGAUGAUGAAUGAUGAACGCGUGGGCUAUCGAAGCGUCAGAUCGCCUAGUGGAACCGUCACGGUUCCCAUUUUCCAGUCCAAGGAGGGAGCUAGGUACUACAUGUCUCCGUUCACCUCCAAACGCGUCGCUAUACCUUGA